UCCGUCCUUACAGCAGGUGGCAGCACGCGGAAUGGACGGCACUGAACUUCUGUUGUCUUGGUGGUUGUAAGGAUGUUUAGGGGAUGAUAAGUUCCGGUUGUAUCAACGCGUCAAGCAACACGGAGAGUGAAAACAGGUGUUUGUGGGAAGGUUGGAGCAGCGUGUCUGGAGUACAGCAGCACUGUCAGCCUCAGGCAGCAGAUAGACAAGUGUUUAGUACAGAGCACGGAGCAGGCAGCAGAAUGGCUGGUGUGCUGGAUCUAUCUGCCCCUGAGAUUCCUGAGCCCACUUUCCUGGAGAGUGUCCUGCGCUAUGGCCUCUUCCUGGGUGCCCUCUUCCAGAUUAUUUGCAUCCUGGCUGUGAUCAUCCCUUCAUCCAAGCUGCAGGAGUCGGAUGCGGAACCCUUUGAACGCAGUGUGGAUCAGACGAAGAAACCGAAGGGGCCUGUCCCUCUGCCGAGACAGAAAUCAAAGAAAGAGAGCAAGAAAAAGAGAUGAGGGGACCGUGGACACCUGUCAGGAGUAUUUAGCCCUGAUAGAGAUUCAAAAUUGUCUUCAAAAAGGGUUACGUUGUAGUGUAACUUUCAAAAAUAUAAACCUGUGCGUCUAGUAUUUCAGUUUGAUUUUGUUUUGCAGUUUUAAGUAAAUAUGCACAAAAUCUGAUUUGCAUUUAAGUUCAGAAGUUUUUUAGCAGUGAUUUAUUGAACAUAAGUUACAAAGCUUUAGCUGGCAUGGCAGCUGAAUGUUGCAUUGCUGUAUAUACACUACCUUCCAACAAGUAUUGGGGCUGAUGAAUACAUGAACCAGGGGGAUGGGUGGCCACUUGUUGUAUUUUACACCCUUGCUUAAUAAAUAUCUAGACAUCCCUGAACAUUUCACUGUCUCCUCUUCAAGUGUAUGCAAAAGAUUUGAAGUAAUCCAUUCUACAGGGGAUAUUUCUUGCACAAUAAAACUUGGCCUAA